UUCGUCUUCCUGCUCGUCUCUGACUACAUGAAGAGGAGAAAGCCGAAGGAUUUCCCCCCCGGUCCCUUUUCCUUCCCUUUCCUGGGAAACGUGCAAUUUCUGAUGAUUAUCAAUGACCCCAUAGGCAUGGUGCAAAAGCUUACUGAAAAACAUGGAGACGUCUUCAGCUUACAAAUAGGCAGCCAGUCAUUUGUGAUUGUAAAUGGGCUGCCACUGGUCAAGGAAACCCUUGUGAGCCAGGGAGAGAACUUCAUGGAUCGCCCAGAAAUUCCUAUCAACACAGUUGUCUUUGGCAAUUUGGGGCUGGUCUUCUCCAAUGGGCACCUGUGGAAGCAGCAGAGAAGGUUCACCUUGACCACCCUCCGAAACUUUGGCCUGGGGAAGAGGAGCCUGGAGGAGCGGAUCCAGGAGGAGUGCCGCUUCCUCACGGAUGCAUUCAGGGAUGAGCAGGGAAAUCCUUUCAACCCUCACCUUAAGAUCAACAAUGCUGUUUCAAACAUCGUCUGCUCCGUCACCUUUGGCAAUCGGUUUGAAUACCAUGAUGAGGACUUCCAAAACUUGCUGCAGCUGAUGGAUGAGACUGUUACCCUUCAAGGGAAGAUAAUGAGCCAGCUGUACAAUGCUUUCCCCUCCAUAAUGAAGUACCUCCCUGGAUCCCACCAAACCAUUUUUAAAAACUGGGAGCUCAUGAAAAAUUUUGUGUGCAAUGUGAUCAGCAAACAUAAGGAAGACCUGAACCCCUCAGAGAGCCGAGACUUCAUCGACAGCUACCUGCAGGAGAUGGCCAAGCCCAGUGGCAGUGACUUCUGUGAGGAUGACCUGGUGGCAUGUGCUCUUGACCUACUGUUUGCUGGGACUGAGACCACUUCCACAACCAUCCGCUGGGCCCUGCUGUAUAUGGCCAUGUAUCCGGAAAUUCAAGCCCGUGUGCAAGCUGAGAUUGAUGCUGUCAUUGGGCAGACACGGCAGCCAGCCCUGGAGGACAGGAACAAGAUGCCCUACACCAACGCUGUCAUCCAUGAAGUGCAGAGGAAAAGCAACAUCAUCCCUUUGAAUGUCCCAAGACAGACCAUGAAGGACACAGUCUUGGCUGGCUUCCGGGUGCCCAAGGGCACUCUUAUGAUUGCAAAUAUAUCCUCUGUGAUGUUUGACAAGAAGGAGUGGGAAACCCCUCACAGUUUUAACCCCCAGCACUUCCUGAAGGACGGUCAGUUCUGGAAAAGGGAGGCUUUUAUGCCAUUUUCUAUAGGGAAGCGCGCCUGCCUGGGUGAGCUGCUGGCCCGCGCCGAGCUCUUCCUCUUCUUCACGGCUCUGCUCCAGAAAUUCACCUUCCAGGCUCCCCCGGACACCAUCCUCGACCUCAAAUUCACUCUGGGCAUCACCUUGGCCCCGCGGCCCUACAAGAUCUGUGCAGUGCCUCGAAAUCCUUUCAACCCUCACCUUAAGAUCAACAAUGCUGUUUCAAACAUCAUCUGCUCUGUCACCUUUGGCAAUCGGUUUGAAUACCAUGAUGAGGACUUCCAAAAGUUGCUGCGGAUGAUGGAUGAGAUUGUUACCCUCCAAGGGAAGAUAAUGAGCCAGCUGUACGUCUUUUUUCCUUCCAUAAUGAAGUACUUCCCUGGAUCCCACCAAACCAUUUUGAAAAAUGGAAGGCUCAUGAAAAGGUUUGUGUGUGAAAAGAUCAGCAAACAUAAGGAAGACCUGAACCUCUCAGAGAGCCGAGACUUCAUUGACAGCUACCUGCAGGAGAUGGCCAAGCCCAAUGGCAGUGAUUUCUGUGAGGAUAACCUGGUUGCGUGCACUCUCGACUUGUUUUUUGCUGGGACUGAGACCACCUCCACAACCAUCCGCUGGGCCCUGCUGUUUAUGGCCAUAUAUCCAGACAUUCAAGCCCGUGUGCAAGCCGAGAUCGAUGCUGUCAUUGGGCAGACACGGCAGCCAGCCCUGGAGGACAGGAACAAGAUGCCCUACACCAACGCUGUCAUCCAUGAAGUGCAGAGGAAAGGCAACAUCAUUCCUGUCAACGUGCCGAGACAGGCAAUGAAGGACACAGUCCUGGCUGGUUUCCGGGUGCCCAAGGGCUCUGUUUUGAUUGCAAACCUAUCCUCUGUGAUGUAUGACAAGAAAGAAUGGGAAACACCUCACAGUUUUAACCCUGGGCAUUUCUUGAAGGACGGGAAGUUCAGGAAAAGGGAGGCGUUUAUGCCAUUUUCUAUAGGGAAGCGCGCCUGCCUGGGUGAGCUGCUGGCCCGCGCCGAGCUCUUCCUCUUCUUCACGGCUCUGCUCCAGAAAUUCACCUUCCAGGCUCCCCCAGACACCAUCCUUGACCUCAAAUUCAUGAUAGGCAUGACCUUGGCCCCGCGGCCCUACAAGAUCUGUGCAGUGCCUCGCUAG